ACUCUCUACUACCUUUCUCCUGCCUCCAUGAUUGCCUCCUUCCCAAUUCUCCAGCUACCCGCCAAGGUUCUCUACAAUGCAAUUCGCUGCCUGACUCCACGAGAAAUAAUCAGCUUCUCUCUAAUCUCGAAAUUUACACUUCAAACUGCUGAAUCGUUAAACCUACAGGAUCGCAUUAGCUCUAUUGAAAUCCACGAACUUGUUAGUAUAGAAAUAUGCAACUGCCGUAUAAAUUGGACCCCUUCUGAUGUCAAAUUGCGAAAACUUAUAGAUCAUAUUAAAUGCGUAUUCCAUACCCAUCAAAUAUACUUUCUAAGAAUCCACACUGAUUCUCACAAUUGGAAAUCAAUACAUGAAGCUCUUGACGGCGUGGCCUGUUCUCAUACAAGCCUGUACUUUCAGUCUCAGGACGUUUGGCUUCAGCGAAUUGUCAACCAGUUUUCCGGCAGUUUUCUUUAUCUAGAUCUUGAUGUGAAUUCUAUCUGGAAUAACCAAAUAAUGUGUACUAACCGACGAAAUUUGUAUAUUUCCACAUCGUGCACCGAACUUCUAAGUGUGAACUGUACACACUUACAUGUAAACCAAAGAGUCCGCGCAGUGGAUGCCAAUAUAUUUUUGAGACACUGGAUUCGAGGAGCCUUUCAGUCACUGAAGACUCUACAUUUCUCUAUGGGAGGUGAUGCAGUUUCAAAGUUGAUUUUCAAGGGUGUGGAUGUUCAGGAGGCCUGCAAAGAGGAUGUCAAGAAGCUGAAAAAUGUUUAUCUUAGAAAUGUAAGAAACAUUUUCAGAUAUGAUGGAACACGGGCAACUGUUGUCUUUAAAUAUGGCUAUGUGAAAAUGCAUGUCUGGAAGUGAUAAAUUAUUUUAAACUGUAUUUGCAAU